AUGUGUGUGUGUGUGUGUGUAUAUAGUAGCUCCUCAUUCAUUAUAACGAUAUUUGAGAAAUUCUAUUGUUUAACCACGAAGAGUGUAUUUCAGAAAAAUUGGUUCACUGAAUUUCCUUGGUUGGAGUAUUCUCCUUCAACUGAAAGGGCAUAUUGCUUUUAUUGUUUUCUUUUUCUAAAGGAGGCUCAAGAUGCAUCUAAUCGAGAGCAGAUGACCAUUAUCUUGAGGUUUGUGAAUAGUCACAGUAGUUUGAUAGAACGUUUCUUUGCAAUCAAAAGAGUUAGUGAUAUUACUUCAUCGAAUCUCAAAAACGAAAUAUGUGAUGUUCUGGCCCAAUAUGAACUUCGACUGAACAAAAUGAGAGUGCAAGGGUAUGAUGGCACUAGUAACAUGCGAGGUGCUUGGAAUGGAUUUCAAGCAUUAUUUCUUAGAGAUUGUCCAUAUGCAUACUAUGUCCGUUGUUUUGCCCAUCAAUUACAACGAGUUACUGAGUUACAAUCUUCUCAUAGAGAGGGAAUUCAACAUAUGUUGGCUACCGCGGAGCGUGAAUUCGGAAGUGGGGCUAAUCAAAUAGUGACUUUGCAGCAAUCGAGAGCUACUCGUUGGAGCUCACAUGACAACUCUAUAAAGAGCAUGAUAGAUACAAUAAUGAGAAUCAAUAAUGUUUUUUGUCAAGCCCUUCAAAGAAUAUCCCAAGACAUCUUUGCUGCUUUUGAGAAUAAUAUUACAAUACCCAAUCUAGAAGAAAGAGAACUUGAUGAGAAAAUAGAUCCAGAUUCUAUUAUAGAUGAGUAUUAUGUUUCAAAUCCUCAUUGGGAACGACUUAAAUAA